GCGGCGGAAAGCCCCCAGCGGGGAAGCCUGCGGCAAAGCCGACUGGGGUCCUGCCUGGGGUUCGGAAGUUGGAGCCGGUGGCGGGGUGAACCCUGCUUCUGCCCAUCCUUUCUGUAGAUGUCCCAGAUGGACCUGGCGUUGGACCCCGGUGACCAGGACCUGCUAGGUUUCCUGCUAGAGGAGAGCGGAGGUUUGGGAACGGCGCCCGACGAGGCCGUGGAGGACCCGCUAGAUUGGGAGCUGCUGCUUUCUGACGUACCGAGCGACUGGGAGGCGGACGAUUUGCUGAGCUCCCUGCUGAGUCCCCCAGCGCUGUUGAACGUUCUCAGCUCCUCCAGCCCCUGUCCUGCCCUCCAUGAUCACUCCUACUCCCUCCCACAGGAACAUGUCUCUGUGGAUCUAGAGAGCAGGAGCUGUGGAAAAGAGAGGACCCAGAUGACUCCACUGCAUACAAAGGAACCGGCAGAGCAGGAGAUGGCUAGGCUGAUACUGACAGAUGAGGAGAAGAAGCUACUGGAGAAGGAAGGGCUUAUUCUGCCCACGUUACUUCCUCUCACUAAGAUGGAGGAACAAGUUCUGAAACGAGUACGGAGGAAGAUUAGAAACAAAAAGUCUGCUCAAGAGAGCCGUAGGAAGAAGAAGGUGUAUGUUGGGGGUUUAGAAAGCAGGGUCUUGAAAUACACAGCCCAGAAUCUGGAGCUUCAGAACAAAGUACAGUUCCUGGAGGAACAGAAUUUGUCCCUUAUAGAUCAGUUGAGGAAACUUCAGGCCAUGAUAAUUGAGAUAUCAAACAAAACCAGCAACAGCAGCACCUGUGUCCUGGUCCUGUUGUUCUCCUUCUGUCUCCUCCUUGUACCUGCUAUGUAUUCUGACACAAGGGGGAGCCUGCCAGCUGAGCAUGGAGGUAAGAGGCUUAGGAAUACCUCUAAAGCAUGGGCUAGGGGAGAGGCCUGGUUGACCUCUGAAGAUUCUGUCUCCUCAGUGUUGUCCCGUCAACUUCGUGCUGUCCCCAGUGAGGAUGCUCACCAGCUGGAGCUGCCUGCCUUGCAGUCAGAGGUGCCAAAGGACAGCACACCCCAGUUGCUGGACAGUUCAGCUCAUGUUCUUCAGGCUUCUGGCAACUGCUUCUGCCUAUUGUACUACAUGCCUCAGGAUGCUAGUGCAGAGUCUCCCCUGAAAUGGUCAUUCCCUGAUCUCUUUUCAGAGACCCCCUGCCCAGGUUCCACCCUUCUCUUGCAAGCAAAUCUCACGCAAAACGGGGUAUGGCUUCCUACCCACGGCCCCUCAUCUGUCAUCUUGCAGGAUGGAUACUCAGGUUAGAUGUGAGGAUAUGGGGGUAUCAUAGCAAGAGCCUGAGGGGGGUAGGUCCCGUCUAUGUCCAAAUAAAAAGGAGUGGGAGGGGGCUGACCUUAACUCCUGUGUCCUGUGAAGAAGACUGAGGGCUCAAACACACCACACUUACUGGCUUUCUGGGUCUUUUAUUUGUACCCAUGUUUGUCACCCCAUGAAUGCAUCUGGGGAAAUCAACUGACCCCCCGAACAUUUCAUGUAGUGAAAGAAGGGGUGAGGAAAUAAAUAAAUAAGUGAUUCUGA